AUGGUCAAUCUAUACCAGGUGGUAUAGAUUGACCAUCCCCAGGAUGUUGCCAUCCAACAGUUGAGCCAAAUAUAGGUUCUUGUUCACGGACUGACAGAUACAUGCUGGGAAAUUUGUAUGAACCGGCCUUCAAUUCGUCUUGACUCCAAGACUGAAGUAUGCAUUAUGAACUGUGUUGAAAGAUUUAUAGACUCCACCACAUUCAUCACAAAACGUCUCAUGAACACAACAAAAUACAGAUCUGAUGCACCACUAGAGUUUGAAUAAUAGAACAAAUUUAUACAAAUUCAAAAUGUUCUCCAGCAUUAGAAACUUCUUACAACGUCACAAGAGAAAGUUUAUAGUGACAGGUGCAGUAUUUGGAUCUCUUUACUUGCUUAUGAGUUAUGCUCAAAAAAGGCUCAGAGAAUGGCAAGAAAAGGAAGCAAAGAAGUUCUUCGAUAUGACCCGCAAGAAGCAGCACUUUGAAAGCACAGAGCGAACCUGUAAUCAAACUAUACUAACACUUUCAAAAAUUGUCUCAGAGAGUAUCUUGGGCAUUCUAAAUACAGAAGAAAUAGUUCAGAAGUUGCAAGAUAAAUCAGACAAUAAACUUGCUUUAUGGGAACAGAUGAAGAUUAUGAUAUUUACCAGAAUUUGUGUCUUAGUGUAUGCAUUAUCUAUCCUAAAUGUCACAUUGAGAGUACAAUUGAAUAUUAUUGGUGGAUAUUUGUAUAGGGAUUCUAUGCAUGAAGAUGAACCACUUAUUGAUAGUGAUUUACAAGCUAAAUACUUGUCACUGUGUCAUCACUUUGUUGGUCCAGGUGUAGAAGACUUAGUGAGACAAAUUGAAAAAGCUGUAAAAAGAGUUGUUGAACCUAUAUCCUUGAAAAAGAAAAUCACUCUGCAAGAAAUUGAACAGGUGUUUUGGUCCAUACAAACUAUUCUGUGCACAGACACAAAUAAUGGAGACCCAGUUAAGAAGAUGGUUCACUACUUGGUUGAUCAUACUGAAAUUAAUGAAGCUAAAUUUGAGACAAUUGUUAAAGAGACAAUGGAUAUUUUAGAGAGUGAUGAGGUCACAUCAGUAACUAUGUCAGCAGUAAGCAGCAAUUUCUCUAAAGUAGUUGACGAAGUUGCUACUUUAUUUGCUUCAAAAUGGGUACCAACUAAGAAGAAUCAUCUUGAAGUACUGGAGGAUCAUAUUGUCACAAAUGGAGCAUUGAAAUUGGCAGGCAACGCAGAUCCAUUUGUGGAUGUUAACAAAGUUGAGAUGCAUUUUGUGAAACUAUUGCCAGUUGUUAAUGAACUGAUAACAAAAAAUAUUUCCAAUAACAUUCCAGAUUUAAUAACACAUAACUUAACAUUAAAUGAGAAGCUAAAAAUCCUUGGAGCCAAUGUGUAUGAAGUGUUCAGUAAUGUUUAAAAAAUAAAUGGGUGUAAUUUAGGACUAUUUUAUUUUGAAAGAACUUACUGAAAUAUGCCUGGAAACUAUUUCUGAGACUAAACAUCUUAAAUUGUUAGAAUAAGGAAUUUAAAUAUUAUUAUUAUGUAAUUGAACUUUGGAACUAUUCAUAAACCUAUCGGGUUUGGUAUUUUUGUUGUACUGAUAUAUUGCAUAAGAUGUACAUUAUAUUAUGGGACAAGUA